AUGGCAACUCCCGAGACCAACAAGCAAUGGACCACUGGUCAGGAUGGACUUGAUAAGCUACAGUUUGGAGAGGGAAAGGUCCCGCAGCCCAAGGAUGGAGAAGUCCUUGUCAAGAUCCAUGCCGUUGGCUUGAACUAUCGUGAUACUGAAGUCAUCAAUGGCGAUUACAACCACCACGCCUCUGUCCAAGACACUGAGGCUCUAGUGCCCUGCUCCGAUAUGUGUGGUACUGUCAUCCAGAGCUCUUCUCCAAAGCUCAAGACGGGCACUCGCGUCAUGUCCAUCUUCAACCAGACCCAUCUCACCGGCCAAGUCGUUGAAUCCGACAUGGCCUCCGGUCUCGGUUUGCCUCUCUCCGGUGUUCUGACAGAGUACCGAUGCUUCUCCGCCGACAGCCUCGUCACUGUCCCGGAUUACCUUUCUGACGAGGAGGCUGCCUGUUUGCCCAUCGCAGCCGUCACCGCCUGGAUGUGCAUCAACGGCAUGCGACCUCUAGGCCAGCCCGCCGACGGCAACAAAAAGAAGGAGUCAGUUCUCCUCCAGGGCACGGGUGGUGUCGCCAUCGCUGGUCUUCAGAUCGCAAAGGCAGCUGGCCUCAAUGUAAUCAUCACUUCGUCAUCCGACGACAAGCUUGAGCGCGCCAAGAAGGACCUAGGUGCCGACACUGGCAUCAACUAUCGCACGCACUGGGAGUGGCAGGACCCCGUCAUGGAAGCCACCGGUGGCCGCGGCGCCGACAUCAUCUUCGAGACAGGCGGCGCGCGUACGCUGCGCAAAUCGUUCGACUCGGUUGCUUUUGGCGGUUUGAUCAACUGCGUCGGAUAUCUGUCCGGCAAGGAGGAGGAGCAGGAUACUGGUGGCAAGGUCGGUGUCAACGUGCUUGCUCUGCGAAGGAACGUCACGCUCAAGGGUAUCCUCAACGGACCCAAGGAUAGAUUUGAGGAGAUGGUUUCUUUCUACGAGAAGCACUCUAUUCAUCCUGUUAUCUGCAAGACUUUUAGUUUUGAAGAGGCGAAUAAGGCGCUGGAGUAUUUGACCAGUGGACAGCACUUUGGAAAGGUUGUUGUCAAGGUCUCAAAGAGCGGAUAG